AGAGGGUAAGGGGGUGGGGGGGGGGGGAAUGUGGUCGUGCCGCUCUGCUGUCAACCCGUAGUGCCAGUAUAGGAUGGCUCGUUAAUUUGUGUGCUCCUGUCACAAAAGACGACGAUACCGCCUCUCACGCUAGGUGAAACGAACUGCGACCGGGAGGGGGAGGAAUCUGGCGUAGACAGCCUGGAUGGAUGUGUAGUAGUGCAGCUCGAAGGAUCCGACGCGACGGCCUUCGAGGGAGAUAUGAGAGCAGAGGGAUCGGCUCUGCGCCCUGGACUCUGCGCCCUGGGCUCUUGGCCCUACGAGAGACACGAAAGCGUGGAAGGAGGCGGCUCAGGGUUCCCAAAGCGGGCGCUUACACGCGCGAUCCUCGAUACUUGGGGGGAGGCCAAGCUUAGUCGAAUGCGCGCGUCCGCCAUGCUCGAAAAGCCCUGGGCCUGUCACUAGGUACAUGAUGGCCUCAGCCGCUCCCAAGUCCAGAUGCCCGCUUGUGGAGUCCCGAUCAGCAGACCACGCUGUCUAUCCCAUGUUCGCCUUUGAAUCCUGCGCAGUCGUCCCCCCUCUCCCGAGAAGCUUGACUUUCUGCACCUACCACUCCUCCUCAGUCCAUGAUCUUGACGAUUUCCCUCUGGGUCUCGCCUCUUUUUUUCUUUUUCCUUUUCCCUUCCUGUAGUUGUCCCGACGACGACGACGACGACGACGGCGACGAUGUCGACGAAUUCGACCUUACCGAGCGUGACGGCGCCGUUAUCGAUCCUGACGGUGACCGUGAAGCCGCUGACCACGACGUUCACGCCCCCGGCGUCGUGCGCCGAGAUGCGGCUCACCCAGCUCUCUUCGCCGGGCUACCAGCUGUGGUUGAACGAGCCGCAGCCCGUGCCCAGCUCGAAGUUCGGCGAAUGCUACCCGCCAGGCUUUGUGGAGGGAUAUACUAGUCUAUUCCAAGAAUCGAGCUCGAUCGCUCCCUUGUUCUCGCCGCUCGUCUGCCAGUCGGGCUGGAAUACGGUCAUGGACCGGCCCAACGGCUACAUUGCCUGCUGCGCCUCCGGCUUCCUGCUCCACCCCCCGGAGUCGCCGGCGGACACGAACCGGCCGGCGUACGGCGGCACCUGCUACAGCAACUUCCAGGCCGGGCAGACCGUCAGGGUGACGGCGUACGACAGCGCGAGCGUCACAGCAACGGUCAUCUGGACCGCCGCAGCCUCGACCGACCAGGCCUACGCGCACCCCAUCGACGGCUUCAGGAUACAGCAGAGCACAUCCACAUCCUCAUCCUCACCACCAUCUUCUCCCGCGUCACAACUCCCUCUCGGCGACCCAUCGCCGCAACCCUCGACCGACGACGACGCCUCGAGCGGCGGCAGCGAGAUCUCGGGGGGCCAGAUCGCCGGGAUCGUGGUGGGCACGGUCGGGGCGCUGGCGCUGGUGCUCGCCGCCGUCGCAUUCGUGUUCCGGCGGCAGCGCCGCAAGCGGAACCAAGCGCUCCCGCCGCAGCCUCCCCCCGCCGGCGGCGACAGCGACGACAAGUCCCCGCCGCCGCAGCAGCAAUACGUAGCCCUGCAGCCGUGGGGCGCCAAGGCGGGCGCGGAGGAGGGCGCGACGCCGAGCCCGGCCUACGCGUACUCGCCGGGCGCGUCGGACGCCGGGACGCUCGCGGCGCGCUACGAGCUGAGCAGCGUCGGGGUGGGCGAGCUCGACGGCGGGUGGAGGGGGCGGGAGCUGUCGUAGGCAGG